CGCUGGAGAUGGGCCUCCGAGCCCAACCAUUGAGGAAGAGAAGCCAAUCCAAUCGCCAGAAGCGGCAGCGGGAGGGAGUCUGGUCUCUGGUGGGUGCCCCUACAGAGGAGUCCUCUGCUCGUCGUCGUCCUCGGUGCUCGCCGUGUUCCGCUCGAGAACGUCCCGGGCAUCGCCGGCGGCCACGGGUAUAACACCGAUCUCCUCCAUCCGCUCGCCGCGCCGCAAUCCGGAGAGGAGACUACGCUAGGUCGAGCACCACCUGGGGCUCAGCGUUCUCGCGACCAGUUCCGGCGCGGCGUCCGCCCUCUGAAGCCACUCGCCCCCGCGACCGUCGCUGUUGUCCUUCUUCGCCACUCGCCACCUUGUCCGGCGACGAGCACCACCAGGACAGCAGGGAUUGAGGGAGGGAGUAAAGGAGGUGCUUCACCAUGAAGGCGCUCAUUCUUGUUGGGGGUUUCGGAACCCGCCUUCGGCCUUUGACUCUUAGCUUCCCGAAGCCCCUUGUGGAUUUUGCAAACAAGCCCAUGAUUCUGCAUCAGAUCGAAGCUUUGAAAGAAGUUGGGGUCACAGAGGUGGUUUUGGCCAUCAACUACCGCCCUGAGGUAAUGAUUAAUUUCUUGAAGGACUUUGAGGAUAAGCUUGGCAUCACAAUCACAUGCUCCCAAGAGACGGAGCCCUUAGGAACUGCUGGUCCUCUUGCUCUAGCAAGGGACAAGCUUGCGGAUGGGUCGGGCGAGCCAUUCUUUGUCCUCAACAGUGAUGUCAUAAGCGAAUACCCAUUUGCUGAACUCAUCAAAUUUCACAAAUGUCAUGGUGGUGAGGCAACAAUUAUGGUCACUAAGGUGGAUGAACCAUCAAAAUAUGGUGUUGUGGUUAUGGAGGAGGCAACUGGCAGGGUGGAAAGAUUUGUUGAGAAGCCAAAAGUAUUUGUGGGCAACAAGAUCAAUGCUGGGAUUUACUUACUGAACCCAUCUGUCCUUGACCGCAUUGAACUGAGGCCAACUUCAAUUGAGAAAGAGGUCUUCCCUCAAAUUGCAGCUGAUCAGAAGCUCUAUGCAAUGGUCCUUCCAGGUUUUUGGAUGGAUGUUGGUCAGCCAAGGGACUACAUUACUGGCUUGCGUCUUUAUCUAGACUCACUUAGGAAGAAAUCAGCUGCCAGGCUAGCUACUGGAACACAUGUUGUUGGCAAUGUGCUGGUGCAUGAGAGCGCCAAGAUUGGAGAAGGUUGUCUGAUUGGUCCUGAUGUCGCCAUUGGACCUGGAUGUGUUGUGGAGGAUGGCGUGAGGCUUUCCCGCUGCACUGUCAUGCGUGGUGUGCGCAUCAAGAAGCAUGCUUGCAUCUCAAACAGCAUUAUCGGGUGGCACUCAACUGUUGGAAAAUGGGCACGGAUAGAGAAUAUGACUAUCCUGGGGGAGGAUGUUCAUGUGUGUGAUGAGGUAUACAGCAAUGGCGGUGUUGUUCUCCCACAUAAAGAGAUCAAGUCAAGCAUUCUGAAGCCUGAGAUCGUCAUGUGAGCUCUCCAGUUUUAGCCACAGUACAUUCUUAAGUUCUUUGACAAAGGGAGGAUUUGAUAUCCCCUUUUGUAAACGAUAUUGCCUGGUAUCUUCGACCUAAUGCAAACAGCUUCAUACAUGUUCUCUUGACUCUUGUUAAACUAUUGACAAUGUAUCCUUGUUCUUUGUUGAAAAGUUUAGUACUUUAGUGUCAACCAUAUUCCACAAGUGAUUGUGAUAUACUGAGCUUGGAGGUUUUGGACCCUUGAUCUGCAGAAGUUCAAUGCAAUAGCAAGAGUAAGUUAAAAAAAUGUGGUCCAAGGUAACUUUCAGUAGUAAUGUUUGUGUGCCAAAUGCUCUUCCGGAGAAAUGUACACACAUAAGACCAUGUGUAAUGUAACCCUAAUAUGGUUCGUAUUUAAUCUUGUACCAAUAAAUAUACUGUCGGUCUCUUACCAAUGAA